AUGUACGCUGCUACUAUCGCCCCGGUCAACUCCCAGAACGGCAUCGCCAGCGGUGGCCACGGCUGCACCGUCAUGAACACGGAGCCGGUCAACUUCCAGAACGGCAUCGCCAGCGGCGGCCACGGCUGCACCGUCAUGAACUCGGAGGAGCCGGUCAACUACCAGAACGGCAUCGCUAGCGGUGGCCACGGCUGCACCAUCAUGUAA